GGUCCGGAUGUUGCUUUCUUCUCUACCAUAAUGGCGACUGCCUACUACGAGUUCUACCGUGGCUCUUCCAUCGGAAUGGCACUAACAGAUUCGCUGGACGAGCUGAUUACGAGUGGAGCAAUCACACCUCAGCUGGCCAUGAAGGUGUUGCAACAAUUCGACAAGUCCCUUGCAGAUACGAUGGUGAAGCAGGUUAGAGUCAAGACAAAUCUGAAGGGCCACCUGCAUACGUACCGUCUGUGCGACGACGUAUGGACAUUCAUCGUGAAGGAGCCAUCAUUUAAAAUGGACAACAAUGAGUAUGUUCGGGCGCCGAGGAUAAAGAUCAUUGCCUGUAAGAACGGGGAGGCGAUAGAAGCCGGGAGGAAGUAAUUCCAGUUGUCGGUCGGUGCUGGCCUCCUCUUUCUUCAUCAUUUUAUCCGUGUCAUACUAUAUUAUACACUACGCCCGCCACUCAUUUUGGCUUACUUUGGAAUGACAUAUCAGCGUACUACAAAGAGAAUGACGAUAAAAAGAAAGA